AUGGAUCUUCGCGUCGACAUCGUCGAGACGGGGCUCUGCCUGGACCAUCGCAGGAGGCCACCAGGUAAGUUCCCCCUCAGGUAAGUGCGUUUGCUUUGUUUCUUCCUUUUGUUUGUUGAAGUUCCGCGUCGUACGCUGCGCUUGCUGCCUGCCCUUUAUAUGCUAGUCUGUCUGUUAAUAGCUAAACGACACCCUCGAUGCCUGCUGCGAUUGUCUGUCCGUCAGUCUAUGCCACUCUCUACUAAUAGCUAGGUGUUACGGUGCUUGACUUUGUGUGGUGCCCUCACUUUGUCUCUGACUGAUGACUGUGUCCGCUUGUCCACUCUAGUUCUAAGUCCCCUAGCGCUAGUUAGUGUGUAUGCUCUCUCCUACUUCACUCCAUCACAUCAUCACCUCACCACCAAGGUCCCAGGCUAAUUCGGGUCGUUCUCUCACUAACAAAAAGUCGUGGCCCAUAGUGGAGUCCGGCAGCCGUCUGGGAUAACCGGGCAGCCCUGUUCAGGGAUGCGUUGCCUGCCCCCGCGAGGGGGAGGGGGCUAGAAAAGGUGCCCUAAAGAUCGCUGGGAACCACGCUGUCUGUAGGCUGGCCGUGGCCGCAGACAAAAAACACACGGUCGAAACAGCCAAAGCCGAAACAACAACAACAACAAUCGCUCUCUUCCUCCUCCAGCCUAUUCUUCUUCUUCUCCUACUCCUACUUUUCGCCGCCGCAGUCGCCAGACUGGCAGGGUGAGCCCGCUCACUCUGGCAGCCUGGAAUGUUCGUUCCCUUUUAGACAAUCCGAGGAGCAACCGACCGGAACGGAGGACGGCGCUAGUGGCACGAGAACUGGCGCGCUACAAGGUGGACAUCGCCGCACUCAGCGAGACCCGUUUCUCCGAACAAGGCCAACUGGAGGAGGUGGGUGCCGGCUACACCUUCUUCUGGAGUGGUCGACCCAAGGCAGAGCGACGAGACGCGGGUGUCGCCUUUGCCACCCGGACCGACAUCGUGGGACGACUGCCCUGUCUGCCGCAGGGAAUCAACGACCGCCUAAUGAGCCUCCCUCUGCCACUCCGGCGAGGAGGCAAGUUCGCCACCAUCAUCAGCGCCUACGCUCCGCCGAUGACCAGCCCCGACGCCGUCAAAGACAAAUUCUACGAGGACCUGCAUGCCCUCUUGGCGACUGUGUCGAAGGCGGACAAGUUGAUUGUCCUUGGCGACUUCAACGCCCGCGUCGGCACAGACCACACUGCCUGGAGGGGAGUGCUGGGCCCCCACGGUCUCCGCGGCUCCAAUGACCAUGGUCUGCUACUGCUUCGCGCCUGCGCAGAACACCGCCUUAUCCUGACGAACACGUUCUUCUGUCUGCCGGAGCGAGAGAAGGCCACCUGGAGGCAUCCUCGGUCGCGUCAGUGGCACCUGCUGGACAAUGUCCUCGUCCGGAGGCGAGAUCAGCGGGACGUGCUGGUGACGAAGGCGAUCGCGGGUGCUGACGGGUGGACCGACCAUCGCCUCGUCAUCUCGAAGAUGCGUAUUCGCCUACAGCCUCGCAGGAGACCACAAGGUAAGCGACCCCCAGGUAAGCUGAAUGUUGCUUUGUUGUCUUUGCCUGCUCACCGUCUCCAUUUCAGCAAUGAGCUAG